GCCUCUGUUCAAACCCUAUAAAAUCAGUCCAGAGCUUCCCUGAUCCACUGAAAGCACCAGGAAGAGCCUCUCUUGAGUUCUUUGGAAGAAGGUAGAAGAAAGGAUACUUCUUCAAAAUGGCAAUGGUAUCAGAAUUCCUCAAGCAGGCCUACUUUAUGGACAAUCAAGAACAGGAAUAUGUUCAAACUGUGAAAACAUCCAAAGGUGGUCCUGGGUCUGCCGUGAGCCCCUACCCUGGCUUUAAUCCCUCCUCUGAUGUUGAGGCUUUGCACAAAGCCAUAACAGUAAAAGGUGUGGAUGAAGCAACCAUCAUUGAGAUUCUGACGAAGAGAAACAACGCCCAGCGUCAGCAGAUCAAAGCAGCCUACCUCCAGGAAAAAGGGAAGCCACUGGAUGAAGCGCUGAAGAAAGCCCUCAAAGGUCAUCUAGAGGAAGUGGUUUUAGCUCUGCUGAAAACUCCUGCCCAGUUUGAUGCAGAUGAGCUCCGUGCUGCCAUGAAGGGUCUUGGAACUGAUGAAGACACCCUCAUUGAAAUUUUGGUAUCAAGAAAGAAUAGAGAAAUCAGAGAAAUUAACAGAGUCUACAAAGAUGAACUGAAAAGAGAUUUGGCCAAAGACAUCACCACAGACACAUCUGGAGAUUUCCGGAAGGCUCUGCUUUCUCUCGCUAAGGGUGACCGAUGUGAGGAUCUUGGUGUGAAUGAAGACCUGGUGGACACAGAUGCCAGGGCUUUAUAUGAAGCUGGAGAAAGAAGAAAGGGGACAGACAUAAAUGUGUUCAACACCAUUCUGACCACCCGCAGCUACCCCCAUCUUCGCAGAGUGUUUCAGAGAUACACCAAGUACAGUGAGCAUGACAUGAACAAGGCUCUGGACCUGGAGCUGAAAGGCGAUAUCGAGAGGUGCCUCACAGCCAUAGUGAAAUGUGCCACAAGCACACCUGCCUUCUUCGCUGAGAAGCUUCAUGAGGCGAUGAAGGGCGCUGGCACUCGCCACAAAGCGCUGAUCAGGAUCAUGGUCUCUCGCUCGGAAAUCGACAUGAAUGACAUCAAAGUGUACUAUCAGAAGAAGUACGGGAUCUCUCUGUGCCAAGCCAUCCUGGUAAGCUGUGAUAGUCACAAGGCCACUUACACAAAAGCUCAUGCAGUAUCUUCAAAGAGAAGAGCUGGCUGACUAUGUCUACAUUUC